UUUUUGCUGAGCUCUGGAGCUUUUCAUGCCUUGAUGUGUUUUUAAGACAACACUUUUAACAAUAAUACAGGUUAAUAAGUGAUUUCAGUGGUUGGAAGACAGUCGAUCCAUAUGGAUGGCAUUGUGACAGUUAGGGAUGACAGUCCCGCAUCGAGCCCUAACUCGAGCCCCAGUCCUGACACGCUCUCAGCGGACAGCCGGCGCGCAGAGGCCCUGUCCCGCUCCAGGGUGGUCCCGUCUAGUGUCCUCGGUGGCAGAGGAAGACCCGCGGCAACCAACGCAGCGCGCGAAAGGACUCGCGUGCAGACGCUCAGGCAUGCGUUCCUCGAGCUACAGAGAACAUUACCGUCGGUGCCCCCGGACACCAAACUCUCCAAACUAGACGUCUUGAUAUUGGCAACCACAUACAUAGCGCAUUUAACAAGAACCUUGCAAGAGGAAGGGAUGGAAGAGGACAACACAAAACAAACUGAAGCUUUGAACUCACUUAAGGGAGAUGGCUACUUACAUCCUGUGAAAAAAUGGCCAAUGCGUUCCAGACUAUAUGUCGGUGCCACUGGCCAGUUCCUGGAUAACUCAAAUGAAAAUCAAGAGGCAUCUUCGUCAUCCUCUCAAACAUAGAUCAUUUGCACAUAAGACUUUUGGAGGUAAUGAUAAAAAAAUGAAGAAUAAAAAUAGAGUUGUCGUUUUAGUAAUUUUGUUGCAGUCUUUAAAAUUUAGCAAAAUUGUUUCACGCGGCAAGUGAACCAAAUUCAUUGAAAGUAUUAUCAUUAUUGUGCCAUAUGACAACUGAGUAUUGUGCAUAUUAAUAUA